CUAAUCUACAGGUUUCAGAAGGAACUAAAAGAAGAAGCUGUAUAUUCAAUCAGUAAUUUUGGAUUUGCUUCAAACAGUGGAUCUUUUCGAGCAGCCCGUCAUGAAUAUAAACUAAGUUUCCAAUAUGGCACAAGGGUUCAUUCACUUGAUCAUGGAUUGAUCACUGCAUCUCCUUUUUCAUUCGUUCAACUUCAUGAGAUUGCAACUAACUACGACCAAGAUUAUUUAGCAGAUGUUAUAGCAAUGUGCAUUGAUUAUGGUGCUGAUAAACCAUAUGAAAGGAAUGGUAAACCAAGCAAACUGAAGGUCAUUGUACUCGAAUCAAAUGGGUAAACUGUUUAUUGCAAAAUUUACUUAUACAUAUUUCGAAAAUAAUAAAAUUCUAAUCUAUAUUAGUGUAUCUAAUCUGUGUAAUUAAUAAUGUGAAGGUGCAAGAUGGAGUGUGCAUUAUUUGGACAAUAUGUUGAUCAAUUCAACAAAUUUGAAGCCUCUGCAGUCUGUAAAAAAUUUGUUGUUAUAGUUCAACUCGCCAAAGCAAAGACCUGGAAAGGUAUAAUCUCAUUGCAAAACGCAAUCAAUUGCACAAAAAUAAUAUUCGACCCUUCCUGUAUCGAAGCGGAUGAGUUAAAGACAAAGU